UAUUGAUCCAAAGAAUUAAGAUUAAAAUAGAAUGAAGAAAAAUUUAAUUUAAAAAUGGCUCACCAAAAACUUAUUUCGUAUCAAAUAGAUGACUAUUAUGAAUUUAUCUGUGGAUGGGGAGCAGCAUUUAUCAAUAUAACUUUAACAUUUCCAGUAAAUAAAGUUAUGUUUAGACAAAUGAGAGAUGGAGUUGCAACUUCCAAGGCAAUUCAACAAUUAAAACAUGAAGGUUUUCAUUAUUUAUAUAGAGGAAUCUUACCACCAUUGAUUCAAAAAACAAUUUCAGUUUCUAUUAUGUUUGGAACUUACAGUCAAUAUGGAUAUAUGUUAGAAAAAACUUUUCCAUCUAUUCCUAAACCAAUUUGUUUAGGAAUUGCAGCAACAUUAGCAGGCAAUACUGAAGCAUUAUUAACUCCAUUUGAAAGAAUACAAACUUUAAUGCAAGACAGAAAUUAUCAUACCAAAUUUAGAAAUACAUUUCAUGCUUGCAUGGAAUUACAGAAGUUUGGAAUCAAAGAAUUUUAUCGAGGUUUAGUGCCAAUUUUAUUAAGGAAUGGUCCCAGUAACGUAAUGUUUUUUGGAUUACGUAGUUCAGUAAAAGAUAAUCUUCCAAAGACUUCUUAUUGGUGGGGAGAACUGCUAACUGAUUUUAUAAGUGGUGCUGUUGUUGGUUCUAUAAUCAGCACUGUUUUUUAUCCAGUGAAUGUUAUAAAAACAAAAAUGCAAGUUUGUUAUGGAACACCUUACAUUGGUAUAGUGGAGGCAUUUAGAUUAACUUAUGCUGAAAGAGGAUAUAGUUUUCGAAAAUUAUUCUAUGGAGUUCAUAUAAAUUAUACUCGUGCCUUGUUGUCUUGGGGUAUAAUUAAUGCCUCUUAUGAAUUACUUAAAAGGACAUUUUUUCCUCACGUAUGAAAAUUAAUAAAUACUAAAAUAUUAAUUAUUAGUUUGUAAAUUUGUUAAUUUAUGAAUAGGAAUAAAUUUUAUAGAUAUAGAUAUAGAUAUAGAUAUAUAUAUAUAUAUGCAUAGAAGAGUAAUAUAAAUUUGAUGCUAAACACUAUUUUAUAAUAAGAUGAUUUCUAUUAUAACAUGAAUAUUAUAGUAAGAAAUUUUAUAUCAAUUUAAAUGAAAAAA